AUGGGCUUUCUGGGCUUCCGCUGGCUCGUCAACUUUGGCCUGCUGGCCCUCCCUAUCGGAGUGACACUCGGUAUCCUGCUCGGUCUCGAUGCCUCAAGGCAAGCAUCUGGCGGAGCUCCUCUAUUCACGGGAGAUCCCACCACGCCUGGCAGCACGCCCAACAACAAUGGCAUCACGGCGAUGGUAUCUUGCGACAAGGCGAUGGGUCUUCACCCGCUGUCCAAGGGCCAGGAGUACACACUGAACCCCAACCAGUGGGGUUGGACAGAGGGUACAGAUGGCGCUUUGUGCAUGAAUGUCACGACUUUCAACAACCAAACCUAUGCGACCGACUUCUCGGCGCCCGAGUUCUGGGUCACCUGGCGCUACCCCCGCGGUCCCGAGACGCAGCCCGUCCACGCUUUCCCCAACAUCAAGGUCGACGGCACCGUCCUCCCGCUCGAGAUCUCCAAGAUCUCCAAGAUCGCGGUCGAUGUCGAGUGGUCGUACGCGGUCGGCAACUACACCACGGACGGCGACUCGGCCACGACGACGGACGAGACGGCGCUGACGGAGAACGACACCAACACCAACGUCGCCAUCGAUAUGUUCCUGGACGACGACAAGACCUCCGCGCAGAACUCGACGCUCGCCGCGUACGAAGUGAUGGUGUGGCUCGCCACGUUCGGCUCCGCGACGCAGCCCAUUGGCUACAAGUCCGGCUCCGGCGCUCUUACGACCAAGGCUAUCAACGGAACUACAUUCACCCUCUAUGGCGGCCAGAACAGUCUGAAGCAGUACGUCCUGACCUGGGUCGCGCCCACGACCGAGCACUUCGUCGGCGACCUCACGGAGCUCGUCACGACCCUCACCGACCUGCCCGCCUCCGUCACCGCGCUCGCGACCGACGUCAAGUUCCCCACCACCGCGACCUACCUCGGCUACAUGGGUCUGGGCUCCGAAGCGCUGUCCGCGACCAAGGUCGUCACCUUCCGCGUGCCGACGCUGUCAAUAGACAUUGCAUCCUCGUAA